AUGUUCAAUACUUCUUCUAUCUCCGGUCAUAUCACCCUCGAAUCUGCGGGGCUCGUUGCUCUAGCUGAUCUCUCCACUGUCGCAGUGAGGACAGCUCUUACGGGGACAGCAUCCUGGCUUGACAUCCUUGUCCUUGCCCCAGGGAUGCAUCAACAGCAGUCCGCCGACGAGGUUAAUCGCGGGGAAUUUCCACAGACUGGCUCAUUGACCAGCGGACACGUUUUCCGUAUCGAGAAUCCUGCUACCGUCAGCUACCUACAAAGCAUCGGCCGCACCGGAUACCUCGUCACCGCUCAAGUAGAACCCAAAUCAACCCUUAGAUACUCACUCAUGGAGUCCAUCGCGGCUCUGUUAUAUCUAUUGUGUCCACUAUUAACCAUCAUCGUCUUCGCACUCGUGGGCUCCAUCAAAGAUUGGUGGGCUCUAGGGGUCCUGUGGAUGCUUGCUCUGUCUAGAAUGAUCAACGUGGUCAUCAUUAAACAGAGAGUUGCGGACUCGAAGGAUUGGAAGGGUGGAGAUGAGAAGCCUGAGGCCAAAGGUGAUCUCCUCGUGAUUUUGAGUCAGGAUCGCUGGGUUCGUUUGCGGGGGCAGCUAUAUGUUGUCAAACGCGUCACCGCAGGUCAGUGGUUACGGGAUGAAAAUCGAGUAGAGAGCCUUGCCGUAGGGAUUGCUACGCUGUUGGUAUACGCAGCUGCGGCCCUGGCUGGCAAUGCAUCCACCGUGGGGAGCUUGCUUAUUGCAUUGUUGCUUCUGUGCUCUGUUGCUUCAUUGGCUCUCGGCAACUCCUUCACAUAUCGACUGCAAAUGUACAAUUGCAUCGUGCAGGAAGACAAAACAUUGGAGAAGACCUAUGAACGAAGGUCGGUCAUGGUCGAGGACCUCAUUGUGGAGGAAAUCAACAAUACAAGGGGGCAGGAUGAUCGCGAAAGCGAUCCGGGUGAAUGGGCCAUCCAAAUGGGACUCAUAAAGCGUAGUGAACUACGGGCUAUUCUUCAAAGGCACUUGUCACCGUCUGCCCUUAGUCGUUCCAUAGGACUACAGUCCUCCACUAUAUCUUCUUCUACCGAUGUCUAG